CAUCAAAUGUGAUAAAUGUCAAUUAGAUUUCAUAUGAAAACAGUAGUCUGCCAAUUUACACCCUCAGUUAGUUCCAGCAGCUGUGUCCAAACGCGUUUAACUCUCUUACCGACAAUGCAAAAAUGGUGCAACUUUUGGAUGAUAAAUUGAAAGCGGAUGCGCAAAAAGAUAGUGCCGUCGAAUUAAACCUACUAACUGAAUCGAAAUUGGAAUCUCAAACGGAAGCGUGUGCACAGGAACAGCGGAAAAAUGCUGAGGAGACGAGUGACAGCAAUAAAAGAGAGAUUCAUGCCGUUGAACGGAAUAUGCCGCUAACUGAUGAUGUGAGAUGUGGUUUUUGGUUUUUUAAAGGUGCAUUCUUUCAGAGAUUCGCCAAUCAAACCACAUAUGUAAUGCUCUAUGGAUUAGUGGGCUGCGUGCUAUCCAUGACUUAUGCGUACUUCAAUGGCACGUUGACCACACUUGAAAAACGUUUCAAGAUACCUUCAAAGAAUACAGGCAUAAUUGCGAUUGGAAAUAAUAUCACUCAAAUGUCUGUAUCGGCUAUGCUAAGUUACUAUGCCAGCAAAGGGCAUCGACCGCGUUGGAUCGGAUUUGGCAUUAUGACAUUUGUCGGUUUCUGUGUGCUAAAUGCAGCGCCGCACUUUCUUUAUGGUCCCGGUAAAGACGCACUUGCGCUUACAGCCGAAUUUGGUGGCGUUGUUAAUGAAAAUACCACUCAGGAUGUAUUGGAAAAACAACGGGCCAAGGAGUUAUGUCGUGAUCGUAGCAAUGAGACCGCUUGUGCACUCGAAGAGGGUAACUUCGCACCACAGGCGGUGCUUUUUCUGGCGCAAGUCGUCUCUGGCAUAGGCGGUGGACUUUACUAUACGCUUGGCGUAUCCUACAUGGAUGACAAUACGAAGAAGUCUAAAACACCAGCUCUAUUAAGCUUAUCAUAUUUCUUCCACAUGCUGGGCCCCGCCAUUGGCUACUCAUUGGCUUCAUUCUGUCUGCGUUACUACAUUGCACCACAAUUGAAACCAUUAAUUAAUAAUAAAGAUCCGCGUUGGUUAGGCGCCUGGUGGAUGGGUUGGCUACUGCUGGGCACUGCACUCUUCAUAUCCGGCCUAAUAUUCAGCAUGUUACCCAAAGAGCUGCCACGCGCAAAAGCACGCCGCCUUGUGGAAGAACGCAAACGCAAAGAGGCAAACGCAUUGAAAGCUGUUGCAAGUGAAGAGCACGUUGUGUCCAAGGCUUCUAUUCGUGAUAUGGUGGCCACAUUCAAACGACUCGCCAUGAAUAAGACACUGAUGUGUAAUAAUAUAUCGUCAAUUUUCUAUUAUUUCGGUUAUACGCCGUAUUGGAUUUUUACGCCGAAAUAUAUUGAGGUACAAUAUCGACAAUCGGCUUCGACGUCAAGCAUUGUCACCGGUACCGUGGCGUUGGCUUUCUCCGCUCUUGGCGUGCUCAUUUCCGGUUUUGUCAUAUCAAAGUUUAAGCCUAGCGCCCGUUAUAUGGCCGCUUGGAAUGUGCUGGUUGGUCUGCUUAGCGUUGUCGGUUGUAUUGCUUAUGCUUUUAUUGGUUGCCCGGGGAAUGAACAGUCGAUGAUUGUCAAUAUACCGGCGAGUGGUCCGAACAGUGUUGUCACUUGUAAUUCUGCAUGUUAUUGUGAUUAUGUGCCGUUUUCGCCAGUUUGCGGCGAGAAUAAUAUGACUUAUAUAUCACCAUGUCACGCGGGCUGUCGACGUGCAAUAAUCGACGAUAGUGGCUCUAAAACUUUUACUGAUUGCGGUUGCAUCUCUAUAGGUGCCACAACAACAAAUCAUGUUAAGCGCUCAGUUGCAAAAUUUCUGAGUAUAACAGAGAGAGAAUUGCAAACAAACUCCAAUAAUACAUUGCAAGAAGCAACAACAAUCAAAGCUUUAACUACAGAGAGUAUAACAAAUGAUGGAUCCUUUGUAUCACCUAUCAACUAUUUCACAGCAACAAAAACACAAGAAGAACUGAGUUCCUCAUUCGGUGGUUACGCCAAACCAGGCGCUUGUCCCGUUAACUGCUUCAAACAAUUUGUGCUGUUUUUGUCGGUUAUGUGCUUUUUAAAGUUUAUCGGUGCUACUGGACGCGCAUCGAACUUUUUGGUAACGGUGCGUUGUGUGCCGGAACAGGAUAAAGCCGCUGCCAUGGGUUUUGGCAUGAUGUUGGCCUGCAUGCUGACCUUUAUACCCGCUCCUAUAUUCUUCGGCUGGCUGUUGGAUAGUAUGUGUUUGGUGUGGGGCAAGACGUGCAGCAAUAAAGGCAACUGCUGGCUAUACGAUCCACUCGCUAUGAGACACACAUUAAAUUUAACGGCAGGAGCAUUCAUUUUUGUUGGCACGGUUUUCGAUGGUGGGGUGUGGUAUUUGGUAAAAAAUCUUAAAAUCUUUGAUGAGGAGAAACAGAGUGCUGAAGAAGGUACCAAAGAGGAGAAGGAUGUUAUGCUUUUUUAAGCAAAGGGCUAAAAAUCCAUUUUGUUAAUUUUUUUUAUUACUGAUUUUAUUGUUUAAUCAUUUUUUUAUAAAUAUAAGCAUACUUUUUUACGGUUCAAAAGCAAUGGAGGAAAAACCAAAAAAAAAUUUUUUAUUAUGAUAUAUUUUAUUGGUAUUGUUCAAAUUUCAUAUAGAUCAUUUCAAAUAUUGGUUCACGGGCAUGGCACUCCUAUUUUUGGUGGUAUGGAAAUGCAUAUAGUCAAUUCACACCAUCCCUUCGGCCUUACACAGAAGAUUUGUGUUCAAAAAAUUUAUAUAAACUUAGCCCGCUUGAACUUAAACUAAAUAUCUUUACAUAUCUAUACACACCUAAUAAGGAAGUCGGCCUUAAGAUAUAAUAAUUUGGUAUCGAAUUUCGUAUGAUAGUAUAUUUUUAUUACAAGCGCAUAGCUAUACAAUUUUUGAUUUUUUACUGCAGUAGAAAGUAUAUCGAAUUACUACUGUACUACAUCUGCAUAGCGCAGUUUAAAGUCGAGUGUAGUAGCAUAGCACCCUUCAAAGUGUUUAAUAUAUCCGGUUUGCGCCUUUGCUAAGCGAACUUUCUCUCCUGUUAAGAACAGUGGCCUCAAUACCUUCGCCUAAAUGUAGGCAAGCAGGCUGAUGAUUUAUACAGACAGCUCUAAUCUGCGUACUGUGUGCAAUU